AUGACCGCGACCCCCUGUGCGAGCUUUGUGCGGGUGCGCCCGUUUGACGACCGCGAGGCGGCGAUUUGCCCGGAGGGCUGCUCCGCCCCGCGCGAGAUCCUCCUCUGGGACGGCAAGGACGUCCUCACCGUCCUCGACCCCCAGGACGACUUCGCCCCCCGGCGGAACGGCACCUUCGCCGGGAUGAACGUCCUGUGGUCGUUUAAGGACGCGGAGAGCCCUUUCCGGCCCUGCGGCCAGGCCGAGGUCUACCAACGGGUGGUGACGCCGGGGAUUGCGCGGGUGGUGGCCGGCUACAACGCGGCCUUCCUCCUCGCGGGCGCGGCGAACAGCGGGCGGUUCUACACCCUCUACGGCGACGACCUGGAAGGGCCGGAUCGCGGGAUUCUGCCCCGCUUUGCCGACGACAUCUUCCACGCCUUCGCGCGGCAAUCGCACGAGAAUCGCACCCUGUCCGCCCGCAUGGAGUGCGUGGAGAUGGCGGGGGAGACUUACGUCGAUCUGCUCGCGCUGCGGCGGAGUCGGACCCCCCGCCAGGCCGCCACCGCGGGGGAGGAGCUGAAGGUCGUUCAGGGGGUGGACGGCGCGCGGCUUAGCGGCGCGACCGAGGUGGAGAUCAAGGGCCCGGAGGACCUACACAGCUACCUUCGCCAGAUCCAGCGCGCCGCGAUCGGGCGAACAAACACCCAUACCGUUAGUCUCCGCUUUACCGAAACCUUCCAAUUUGAUGAUCCGGAGAAUUUUGGGCAUCCGGUGAAUAAAUCGCGCCAUGUGCACGUUGUUUUUGCGCUGCUUCGGAAUAUGCCGAUGGCUUUCCAGCGCUCCCUCGACGUCGCGGUGGAGCAUGAUAGUGGGGAAAACCCACUUGCGAAGGUGCCCGUGCGCGAAACGGCCUUUACACGGCUUUUUCCUCUCAUUUUCCAGCAAGGCUACAACCUGAGCGUGAUCUCCUGCGUGACGCCCUACUACGAGCACGUCCGCGAGAACCUCAACGCGCUUCUUUUCGCCGUCAAGGUGAAAAGCCUUGUUGGGAAGCCCAAGCUUCAUCAGGAUGAGAGACUUCUCGAGAUGCGGCUUCUUGCGGACGAGGUAAAGGAUUUAAAGGUGACCGUUCGGAAGCAAAACGAGGCGACGCAGAUCGUGCAGAAGGAGCUCAACUCCCGAGAGGUGGAGUUGAUGCGUCAGGAGGCGUUGUACAAUGAUUCUAAUUACGCAUUAAAAAAACAGCAAGAAAAGCUGAAGCUUGCCGCAAUUGCCCAUAACUUUGAGGCGACCCGAUCGAAGCACGCGUUGGAAAAGAUUAAACAACACUAUAAGAAAAAAAUAAAGGAAUUGGAAACCUCAAAGGAGGUCAAAUCGCUUUCAAUCUACUCCACUGAUAGCUUAAUGCAGGCGAUUGAUGAUUCUAAAAUACGAAAUGAAUCCUUGGAGCUCAAGAUACGGAAGCAAAAUGAGAUCCUAAAGGAAUAUGAGUCCCGAUUUGACAAAUACAAUGAGGAGAAGGAGGAGUUGGCAUACUUAAAAAAGUUUAACAACGCUCCACCUUCUGAGCACAAAAAACUAUUUGCAGAACACUCCGCCGCGCACAAGGCUGCUGAGAAGGAAAUCAGAAAGCUCAAAGAAGAGGAGGCUGCUGUCAGAGCUACCGAUAAUUCAGAUGAACGGAUGAAAGGGUUUCAGAAGGAGUACGACCUCGUUUAUGCCGCGGAGAAGCCUUCUCGUGAUAAAAGAUCACUUUUAAAACAAAUAGAAAAGCUGGAGAACGAAACGACUCAGGCCGAUAAGGAAAUCAUGCAGCUUCAAACUGAGAUCGACGAGUCGAAGAGUCAAUGCAACUGCACAGUGAUGUAG